UUUUUACAACAAUACAAACAGAGAAGAGGCUGAGGCUACACCGCUACAUGAGUGUAGACUGUUGAAGCUGCCUCGCCACUUCGCUGAUCUCCUCACAAGAACUGAAUUGAUUUAGACAGUUGAAGAGGGUCCUGCACUAAAAUGGCUGGUGAAAUUGCUCUGUUGAGUGUGUCUAACAAGACCGGCCUCGUCCCGUUCGCUGAGCGUCUCUCCGCCCUGGGGUUUAAACUGGUGGCCUCUGGCGGUACAGCUCGUGCUAUCCGAGAUGCUAAUGUACCUGUGAGUGAGGUAGAGGAUUUGACGGGGGCUCCGGAGAUGCUGGGAGGUCGUGUCAAAACUCUCCAUCCUGCCGUCCACGGAGGGAUUCUGGCUCGCCUCCAGGAGUCGGAUCAGUCAGACCUGAAGAAGCAGAACUACCAGAUGAUCAGACUUGUGGUGUGUAACCUGUACCCGUUUGUGAAGACCGUGGCUGACCCCAGUGUGAAGGUCGAGGACGCCGUGGAGAACAUUGACAUAGGGGGAGUUACUCUACUGAGAGCUGCGGCGAAGAACCAUGCCCGAGUUACGGUGGUGUGUGACCCUGCAGACUAUGACAGGAUUAUUGAUGAGAUCAAGACAUCGUCCUCCCAGGACACUACCCUGGACACAAGGAAGAGCUUGGCGGUCAAGGCUUUCAACCACACGGCAGACUAUGAUGCGGCCAUCUCCAACUACUUCCGUCGCGAGUACAGCUCCGGUCAGUCCCAGCUGACCCUCCGCUACGGCAUGAACCCUCACCAGAAGCCGGCCCAGCUCUACACCACGGAGCCUCAGCUGCCUCUGACGGUGGUGAAUGGCUCCCCCGGGUUCAUCAACCUCUGCGACGCUCUCAACGCCUUCCAGCUGGUAAGUGAGCUGCGACGAGCCCUGGACAUUCCCGCAGCCACGUCCUUCAAACACGUGUCCCCUGCUGGUGCCGCUGUGGGUGUGCCCCUGUCCCCUGAACAAGCCAAACUGUGCAUGGUGGAUGACCUGCAGGAGUUGUCUCCCUUGGCUAUCGCCUACGCCAGAGCAAGAGGGGCGGACAGAAUGUCGUCCUUCGGAGAUUUCAUCGCGCUGUCAGAUCCAUGUGAUGUGCCCACGGCCAAAAUCAUCUCCAGGGAGGUCUCGGAUGGAGUUAUUGCCCCUGGCUACGAAGCUGCGGCGUUGGAGAUUUUGAAGAAAAAGAAAAAUGGCGGCUAUUGUGUGCUGCAGAUGGACCCAAGCUAUGAGCCCCCAGAGUUCGAGACUCGCACACUCUUUGGUUUGCAGAUGGAACAGAAGCGAAAUGACGCAGUCAUCGACAAAAAACUUUUUGAGAACGUGGUCACGAAACGGAAUCAACUACCAGAGGGUGCGGUCCGAGAUCUGAUUGUAGCCAGCAUUGCUCUCAAGUACACCCAGUCCAACUCUGUCUGCUUCGCUCGGGAUGGGCAGGUCAUCGGCAUUGGGGCCGGGCAACAGUCCAGGAUUCACUGCACCAGACUGGCUGGAGACAAGGCCAAUAACUGGUGGCUGCGACAGCACCCGAAAGUCUUGGGUAUGCGCUUCAAGAAGGGAGUGAAGCGAGCAGAGAUGUCCAACGCCAUCGACGUCUUUGUGCUGGGCACUGUGGGGCAGGAUAUGGAGACCAGUGCCUGGGAGGCUCAGCUAGAAGAUCCUCCAGCACAGUUUACUGAGGAGGAACGUCGUAACUGGGUCGGCCAGCUGAAGGGCGUGUCUCUCAGCUCAGACGCUUUCUUCCCGUUCAGGGACAACAUUGACCGGGCUUACCAGAGUGGUGUGGAGUUCAUCGCCUCUCCGGCUGGCUCCAACAAUGACCAGGCCGUGGUGGAGGCGUGUAACGACCACAACAUCGCCCUGGCCCACACCAACCUGCGGCUGUUCCACCACUGACCGCUGCCAGGGUUGUGUCUGCCCCGCUACUCGCUCACACACGCUCGCAUGCAUGCUCACACAUGCGCGCGCGCACACACACACACCCAGUCACACCAGGCAACAAGUUAAUAUGGUGAAAGUGAAGGCUUUGAAAAGUGCUGCUGUACACUGUCGGAUGAACAGAUUUUUAUUUUGGUUUGUUCUGCUGAUGAUUAAAGAGUUAGAAAUUUGACAUUGUGAAUUCAUUUUAUCGUAAAAACUUAUUGAAUAAAUGAACACAGAAACAAUGAAACUAAACAAAAUAACUCAAAGAUAUUAAACGCGUGUUUUGGCGUUGCUCGGUAUUCCCACGGUCUUGUGGUAGACCCCUGAUCUCUGACAUGACUGUUCUUGAGUCUGUCAGUGGCUUGACCGUCACUGUCGUUUUGAAGAUGUGGCCUGACUGUUGCUGUCGUUUGAAAGAUGUGGCUUGACCAUGUGUAGAGAAAUAAGAUGUGCGGCCCAGGCUUGUUCAUGAAGGUUUUAUGAGAUCAAGGAUACUCAUUUUCUGAUUUAUUACGCUUUGAUUUUCUGUUUAUGCCUCUGUAUAUUUUAAGGUUUUCUAUCUGAUCUUUUCUGACCUAAAGACAUGUUUUUGGGGGGGUUUUUUGUGGUUCCUCAUCAAGGGACAUGGUUUCUGAAAAGAAGCUAUCCGAGUUUUCUGUUGUUCAAAGUGUGUGUAGCUUGUUGCUUUUAUUGUAGUUCAUGUUCUCUUCUGUUGAGAUUUUCUGUCUUU